UCACGUCCGGCGCUUCCCGAAGAUGGCGGCGGCCCGGUUCGUGGGCGCGCGGCUGUAGUAGCCGCGCUCGGUUCCCUGUCGGGACCCCCCGGCGAGCCUUGGCCCUAGCGCAGCUGGCUCACCCCUGCAGACCAUGGAUGGCUCCUUUGUCCAGCACAGCGUCCGCGUCCUGCAGGAGCUGAACAAGCAGCGGGAGAAAGGCCAGUACUGCGAUGCUACGCUGGACGUAGGUGGGCUGGUGUUCAAAGCCCACUGGAGCGUCCUGGCUUGCUGCAGCUGCUUCUUCCAGAGCUUGUACGGAGAUGGAGCCUCCAGCAGUAUCAUUCUCCCUGAGAGCUUUGCGGAGAGCUUUGGGCUCCUGCUGGACUUCUUCUACACUGGACACCUCGCACUUACCUCAGAGAACCGGGAGAAGCUGCUUGUCGCUGCCAAGGAACUUUGUGUCCCUGAAGCUGUGGAGCUGUGUCAGAGCUUCAAGCCAAAAUGCUGUGAUGGCAGUGAUCUAAACAACCAUUGCCUUCACAAGAAAGGUCCUAGAGACGAUCUUAAUGGCCAUUUAAAGCAGCCAACAGACUCAGAUGGAGAAGAAGCUAUCAAAGCAGUGUCUAAACCUAAUGUUGAUAGUGAAGCCAGCCCCAGCUGCUGCACUAGGAGAGCCAAACUAACCCAGGGACCAAGUGGGAGCCCAUCUCUUCUUAGGGAAAGGCUUAAAAGGGCUGUUAAAACAAAUGCACUGAGCAAUUCAGGUGAAGUAAAGAACACCCAGGAAUGUAAAGAAAUAAAAAGGCCGCCUAAAAGAGGAGGCACUGAAGACAGAGGCAUCAGCAAUGAGGUGUGGGAAAUGCAGGUUGUUCAAGUCUCUGAUGAUGUAGCAGCAGAAGAUGAUGGAGAAGUUCAUGAGGAAACAGGUGAAGAUUACAUUCCUGAGAAAAAGACACUGAGGACCAAAAAGAAAUCAAAUUUGGCAAAAAAGCCUAGCAGUUCGGAGCCUGCAGGGAAUGCUGGGCUGGUAGAGGCUGAGACUCCUGGGAACAGAAAAGGUACAGCUGUGCCGGUUGAAUGCCCCACAUGUCAUAAAACCUUCCUCAGCAAAUAUUAUCUAAAAGUGCACAACAGGAAACACACUGGAGAAAAGCCAUUUGAAUGUUCCAAAUGUGGUAAAUGUUAUUUUAGGAAGGAGAAUCUGCUGGAGCAUGAAGCUAGGAACUGUAUGAACCGUUCGGAGCAGGUUUUCACCUGUUCAGUCUGCCAGGAGAUAUUUAAGAGGCGAAUGGAAUUACGGCUGCACAUGGUGUCGCACACAGGAGAAAUGCCUUACAAGUGUUCCUCCUGUGUACAACAGUUCAUGCAAAAGAAGGAUCUUCAAAGCCAUAUGAUAAAGUUACAUGGUGCUCCAAAACCACAUGCGUGCUCUGCCUGCUCCAAAUGCUUCCUGUCUCGAACGGAGUUGCGCCUGCACGAGGCAUUCAAGCACCGUGGAGAGAAACUUUUUGUCUGUGAGGAGUGUGGGCACAGGGCUUCGAGUCGCAAUGGCUUACAGAUGCACAUCAAGGCUAAACACAGAAAUGAGCGCCCCUAUGUGUGUGAGUUCUGCCAUCAUGCCUUCACCCAGAAAGCCAACCUCAACAUGCACCUCCGCACGCACACAGGCGAGAAACCUUUCCAGUGCCACCUCUGUGGGAAGACGUUCAGGACACAAGCGAGUCUGGAUAAGCACAACCGCACACACACUGGUGAACGCCCCUUCAGCUGUGAGUUUUGUGAUCAGAGGUUCACAGAGAAAGGGCCCCUUCUGAGGCACAUUGCUAGCAGGCAUCAGGAAGGAAGACCACACUUCUGCCAGAUCUGUGGGAAAACAUUCAAAGCUGUUGAACAGUUGCGUGUCCAUGUUCGCAGACAUAAAGGAGUGAGGAAGUUUGAAUGCACUGAAUGUGGUUACAAGUUCACUCGACAGGCCCACUUGAGGCGUCACAUGGAGAUUCAUGACAGGGUUGAAAACUACAACCCCCGGCAGAGAAAGCUGCGGAACCUAAUCAUUGAGGAUGAAAAAGCUGUUGUGAUAGCACUCCAGCCCCCGCAUGAAUUGGAGGUGGGGCCUGCAGAAGUCAUUGUGGAAUCCCUCUCUCACAGCUCCCUGGGUGAAGCAAUCCCUGUACAGAGACUAUGUUCAAAUGAGACCUUCUCUAUGACCGAUGUUAUUGAACAAUCUCUUAUCAUUACGACAAGGAUCCCCGAAGAUUGUGAAACAUAGCACUUAUGUCCUUGUACACACCUUUCCCUCUCAAAAAUAAAUAAAAUGAAGUCUUAAGUUGGACUAACUGUUCACAAGGACUUGAUGUUUGUUUCAAAGCCUACAUUCUCAAAAGUCCACUGCCUUUUACUUGAAAAAUAUCAUCCUUGUACUGAGCUUUAAGGGGGUGAGGAACAGUGUCUAGUUAAGUGCUGAGCUGGUAGAAGGGCACAAAAUAGGGAGUUGUCAGCUUGCAUGUUAAUGAACCAAAUGUAAGUAAGUGAGCAGAAUAAAUCUCCCCUGCGUGAGGGAAUAAAA